CGUUCACGUAAAGGACGCAGUGACGUCACCAGCUCCAAAACACGCGUGCAGGAGGAGAGUGGUGUAGCAUUCAAAUUUCACUUACAUGAAGUCACUUUAUGCAAUCCGAUGAAUAAUAUCAAGACUCAGUGUUAGCUAAGAGCGUAAAAUUACUGACAUGAGCCGGAAAACAGUGAAGUAGCCCAAACAACAAGCUACAAGACUCCAUGAAGAGCAGAAGUGGAAGAAGAGCAAGGAAGAAAAGAAGGAAAAAACGAGGAGAGGCUGUAAAUGUGACACUGUCUCAUGAAGCAUCCUUCGUGGCCUUGAGAAGAUGGCUUAAACAAAAAGGAUUCAGUUCGAAAUGGUUAAUUCCAGCCAGCUUUACAGAUACAGGAAGAGGACUGAUGGCUACACAACCCAUUGAGGCCAAUGAGUUGGUGAUUUCCUUACCCGAGAGGUGUUUGCUGACUACAAGCUCAGUUCUGAAGAGUUACAUGGGGGAAUACAUAAAGAGGUGGAAGCCCCCAGUAUCUCCUCUCAUUGCACUUUGUUCUUUCCUUAUUGCUGAGAGAUAUUAUGGAGAUACAGCAGAAUGGAGCCCUUACAUUAAAGUCCUCCCUAAAUCCUAUACAUGCCCAGUUAACUUCUCAAAUGACAUCAUGGACCUCUUGCCCCUAGAUGUUCGAAAAAAGGCAGUGACACAAAAAGAACAGUUUGAGGAGCUUUAUUGCUCUUCUCUGCCAUUCUUCUUGUCCCUUCAGCCCAUUUUCACUCAGCCUGUAGAGGUAGUGUUUACUCAGGAUGCAGUCCGGUGGGCAUGGUGCAGUGUUAAUACUCGUACAGUGUACAUGGAACAUGCCCAGAGCGAUUUCCUCUCACUGGAGAAGGAUGUCUUUGCACUGGCACCUUAUCUGGACUUACUGAACCAUUGUCCUGAAGUACAGGUUCAUGCAGGGUUCAAUGAGCUGUCCCGUUGCUAUGAGAUCAGAAGUGUUCGUGGCUGUAAAAAAUUCCAGCAAGCCUUCAUCUGCUAUGGUCCCCAUGACAACCAGCGGCUCUUUUUGGAAUACGGUUUUGUUGCCUCUGGUAAUCAACACAGCGUGGUGUACAUUGAAUUAGGUACUCUGAAGUUGUGUCUCAACGAAGCAGACAGACAACUACAGCAGAAACUUCUCUUUCUGAAGGACAAUGAUUUUCUAAGAAACCUGACAUUUGGUGUAGAUGGGCCAUCCUGGAGGCUGAUGACGGCACUUAGGCUACUGUCCCUGAAGCCAGAACAAUACUCUUUUUGGAAAAGUAUCCUCCUGGGGGCACCAGUGAGCCAGGACAGAGAGGAGUGGUGCAUCCUCAAGGCCCAAGUGCUGUGCCAGCAUCUCUGUGAUGACAGUAGCAAUGCACUGGCGAGGAUAGCUCAGCUCAAAGAAGGUGCUGACGGGGCUCGGCUGGAGCAGCUCUGCUUGGUCGAGAGUCUGAGACGAGAGGAACGAGAGAUUUUAGAAUGCUCCAAACAAGUUCUCCGAAACCUUCUGCCUCAGUCAUCGCCAUGACAACCGAACAGGAUUUGGAACAUGGAAAAUUAAAGGAGCCAGAGGAUAUUGUCACUGCUUGUGUUCCUGCCAAGAUGCAGAGAACUGAGCCAAGUCAGAGCAAAGGGAACUUUGACAUUUCCUGGUGUGAAGAAUAGCCAGUCACUGUGGGAGCUUUGGAGUUUGGUGUUUCUGUCUUAAAAAUAGGCCAUUUUUUGUGUGCUGCUGGAUUUUCAUCCUUCAUCUUCAUACAAAUGUGGAACAGACUUGGUCUAAACAGGAAAAUGUCAGUUUGGAAACUUCUGGAAUGGACAUGAAGAACAGGGUUGGCUGGGAUCAGUGCGCUAGCAGGGCUAAACCACCCCUGUGUCUUUCAAAGUCUAAAUAUAAUAUCAAUAUAAGGUUUCAUUUUUGGCAUCCACAUCAGAUUAUUUAUUAACAAAUAUCUUAAAGUGGACUGUUUUGUACUUUUGUGUAACCAAGCACUACAGCACGAGCAAUGGUUGUAAGAAAAUCACAUACACUGGGGCUCACUUCUUUCUAGCCCAGGUUGUAUAUUCAUGCAGCCUAUUAGUGUGAGUGAAUAGUUAAGAAUUUAACCCUUACUUUUUUUUUUUUUUUUUUUGGGAUGUUUUGAGCAAAAGAUUAUGCAUACCAUGUUUGGUAUUUGGAAAAAACACUUCUUUAACCCAAUACAUAAAUUCAAAUUUUGUAGUAGUUACGCAUGAUUUGAUAAGCCCCAGAUUUUAACAAUAAACUAGGGCAUGUUUUGGAUAAAACUGGUCCUAGAUUGGUGUAGAGUACCUUCUUCCCAGCAUCUUCUCUAACAAGGUCAAUGGUGCUACAAAUAAAAUGUACAGGUCAGGAAAAGCAGGCCUAUAGCAUUAUGGAUGUUGGUUAGCAUGAUUACACAAAGCAGGAGAAACACAUUCUUUUAGUAUGUUGUGCAACCAUUUUGAUCUGUUUAAUGUACAAUUUUACAAUGUGCCUUACAAAAAAGUGAAUCAGUAUCCUCUAUUUUCCUUUUACUAGGUUCAGAGUGCAUUUCUAAUGCAAACAAAUCAGACAGGCAGCCCUAAUAAUGAUAAUUACAAAAGAUUUAAUAUCAGAACAUCUGUAUAGAAUUCUUUUAAGUCACAAUCUUUUGCUAUCUAUCAGGGGAAACAUACACAAUACACAUUUGUAUUUAGUUUGUACUUUACAGUCAUUUUAUCAUGGAAUGCUGGACUUUGUAGUUCUGGGGUAUUUAAAGCUUCACCACAACCCGCUUUCUGACUUGUCGUCUCUGUACCAUCUCCAUAGAAACUGUGGCUUCGUACAACGGCACAGGGUUUUCCAACAGUGGCCUAUAAAAGAUUUAAAUCAUCACACAAAUUUUAAUAUGUACCAUUUAAUGGUGUGUGAAAUGCCAAAAAUAUAUUAAGAGACUUUUACAAUACACAAUACAAAAAACUUUAGGUUUAAUGGUAGCAAACCAGUAGUGCUACAUUAAAAGAAAUGUUAUCAUGAUAUUUUUAUGGAAUGUCUACAUAAAUAUUUCAUCAUUCACGGCUACAAAAAUGACAUUUUUAGCUCUAAUCUGCAACUUACUGCUGAAGUCACUCAGUGUUAGGACUAUGGUAAUACGCACAAUACUCUCAAGAAGAUGUACUGCCAUGUAAUUAAUUUAUUAACACCUCUCAGGCUUAUAUUCCCAUUCCUUAUUGAUUUUAAUCUUACCUGAAAAUCCCUGUUGAUAGCUUCUCCACCACGUCCUUCAUUAUAUCUGAGAGAAAACACUGAAGGCAUAUAACCCAGUUUCAGCAGGCUGUCACAUGGACACAACAGUAGCCUAGCAGCCUAAGGACAGAACAAAAACUUCCUCCGGGCUCAAACACAAUUCAGCCAUAUGCCUAGUGUAAGCUCUAAGAUGCCUUACCAGCACACUAACUGCAAAGUUUCCUUUCAAACUUAUGGGUGUUCCCCAUAGGGUUUUUUUUUUUUUUUACACUUGGCCCAAAAAAAAAAUGGAGUCUGUAUGCAGGAUGGAUUGAGGACUCGUUUGAGGAUGGGAAUUAUUUGCACACAAAUAAAUCCAUACAGAUCGUGCAAUUCUUUAUGCUGCUUCUGGUGCGUGCAGAAUUUCUAAACUAAGCUAAAACUAUUAUUAAACAGAUUUAAAAAGUGUGUUAUUUAACAAAGAAGAAUGUAUAACUGCUGAUAUUGUGAAGAGAUAUGUUUACAGCAGCUAUAAAGUAAGUGAUAACAGGAGCUAAAUUGUCUUACGGAUGUUCCACAACAUUAAAUAUACUAUAACCAGUAAAAAGAAUGACAUUUCGUUCAUUAAUGAGUAAAAAAAAUUGUAAUCAAUGGUAAAUUGCUGUUGUUUAAGAGGACUAAAUUGCUUUAGGAUGCACUGUUAUAGGAAAAUAAUAAACUUCAGAGUGGUAACAGUAACUCUGAACAUCACACUA